GAAUGAAUUUAUUACGUGGUGAAAACCAAUAUUUAGAUUUUUAAUAUCUGUCCAUAUCUUUAUAGUAUAAUUUACAUUUACUUACCUUAUAUUGUUAAGUUGUUACGGCCCACCAAGUAAAAUUAUUUAGUUAUUGUGCAUUUAAAUACGGUGAUUCAUUAAUAUCUGUCUUAAUUUCAAAAUGUGAGAUGGAUUUCUAUUUGUAGGAAUAAUAAACAAAAUGACAUCGGGGCCGUACAAUUACUCAUACAUUUUUAAAUAUAUCAUUAUUGGGGACAUGGGAGUUGGAAAAUCAUGUUUAUUACAUCAAUUCACAGAAAAAAAGUUUAUGGCAGACUGUCCUCAUACAAUUGGUGUGGAAUUUGGCACUAGAAUAAUCGAAGUUGCUGGUCAAAAAAUUAAGCUUCAAAUUUGGGACACAGCAGGGCAGGAAAGGUUCAGAGCAGUGACACGUUCAUACUAUAGAGGUGCUGCUGGUGCACUUAUGGUUUAUGACAUUACAAGAAGAUCCACAUAUAAUCAUUUAAGUAGUUGGCUCACAGACACACGUAACUUGACAAACCCAAGCACUGUGAUAUUCCUUAUUGGAAAUAAGUCUGAUCUCGAUGGUCAGAGAGAUGUUACAUAUGAAGAAGCAAAACAGUUUGCAGAUGAAAAUGGUCUUAUGUUUGUAGAAGCUAGCGCUAAAACAGGUCAAAAUGUAGAAGAAGCAUUUCUGGAGACGGCAAAGAAAAUUUAUCAAAGUAUUCAGGAUGGACGGCUGGACCUGAACGCGGCGGAAUCCGGCGUGCAGCACAAGCCCGCCGCGCCCGGCCGCCCGCUCGCCGCGCCGCCCGCGCACCGCGACCACUGCGCCUGCUAGCCACACCCCACACCCCGCACCUCACUCUUUAUACUAAAUGCUCUAUUUACUCUCCAUCACUGUCUUUCUGACAUGUUUUGUUUCUAAAAUUGAUAAUAAUAACUAUUAAUAUAUUUUUAAAGUGUAAUUAUACAUAUAUAUUGAGCAACUAAAUAUUUAAACCUAUUUUACUUUUUGUAUUGUACAUUCCACAUAACCAUAAUUUAAAACAUUUUCUUUUAUAAAAAAACGCGUUUUUGUCGAUGCGCGUGACUUAAACUCCUAGGAAAUAGUGAAACGACCUCGCUAUAACAAUGAUCUCGUCAGUCUGGAAAAUUCUUUCGUUACAAAAUGUAUAAAUACACACGCAUGUACGAAACUAUGUCGAUAUUUUGUAAAAUCGUAUUUACAUUUCUACAAUUAAAUGAACCUAGAUAAUCUGCUUACAUUAGCUAUUAUCCAUUAAAAUCCUGUUAAAAUCGGUCAGCCCUUUCUUACCCGGAACAAACGCGGUGUUGUAGUCAAACAAAAAUUGUUUUUUCUUUAUUAAUAACAUAUAUACAUCAUGUUAAUGAAUGUAAAAAAUAUUUAACGGUUUUUUUGACUAUUCAUUCUUUACAACGUUGAAUAUAAAAAUGUGUAUAUUUUUGUAUUCUGAAAAUUAUUACGUUUCAUGUGAGUUUAAUGCGUACGUAUCGACUAUUGGUAAAUUUUUGACCGACUUCCCAAAAGAAGGAGGUAUUCAAUUCGACGGUAUGUUUUUUUUUUUUAUAAAAGUGGUCACUCCUUAAUCAAUCUUAAUACAAUUUAUUGGAUUCUAAAUAUAUUUUUGUGUCCUUAACAUCAUGAGUAUCUUUCAAUUAAUGUAAUGUUAUUUGUUACACCUAAAAUUAGUUAUAUAAUUAAAAGUGGUUUAGCUUAUAUAUAGCACUUGUUUUUUAAAUAUUGUUACUUUCGAUUAUUCCAUAAUUUGAAAGAAGUUAAGGUUAACAAAGAAACAGGUAUUUUAAGAUUUUAGAGAAUACGAUAUAGGAAUAACUUUCUCCUUAAUGUACUGCUAUAACUGUUGUAUUACUACAUUUAAUUAAAAGUUUCGUAUGCACUUAUAUUUUGUUCCAUUAUAAUAAGAUCUGUUAUUUUCUCACGCCUGUUACGUCAAAACGUUUUGAUAUAAAGUACAAAAGUAUUUGAGUAACAUGCCGGUAGAAAUUGGUAAAUCUGGCUUUCCUCUCGUAGAGCUAAAUUCGGGAUCAUUAAAAUAUUUUUAUAGUAACAUCAAGCAGUUUCUAUACCAUUCUUAUUUUGGGUCUUGAAAGUAAUUGUAGUUGUUAAAGAGUUAAGAUAUAAAUAAAAUUAGCGUUAGAAUGAAACUGCAUUAUACUAUAAAAGUUGUUUCGAAUAAAACUUAUUAGAAAUGUGAAUUUGAUGUAAAAUUAUUGAAUACCAAAGUGGUUCGUCCCAUUCAAUAGUUUCACUAGUUAAGUAUCGGGCUUGGUUUGUGUGUCAGGUGGACAUUAGUUAAAAUGCAUAUACAUGUAAUCUUAAAUAUCAUUAUUUGUCUGAUGCUAACUUAUUCAUUUUGAUUUGAAUUUAUUUAUUAAUCGUAUAUUAGCGUUAUAUGAGAAAAUAUAUAAAUAAACAAUGACCUAUCGUUA